CUCUCAUUUUUUUUCCAGCACUCCCACAAGCUAAACCCUAGCCACCCCUUCCAUUUCACUCCCCAAAGCCAAUGGCAGCGGCAGCUCGUCCCUUAGUCUCCGUCCAGUCACUGGAAGGUGACAUGGCCACUGAUGCAGCCUCCACCGUGCAAUUAUCCGCCGUCAUGAAGGCUUCGAUCCGUCCCUGUAUCGUCACUUUCGUGUAAUUAAUCACUCUUCUCCUCGUCGUAGUUGAAUUCUCGAUCGAGUUUCUCCUGGGUUUUGUAUUCCCCUUUCAAUUAUACACGAACAUAAUGCUGCAACAUCAAAUUGUUCAAUCGCCGGCUAGAUUAGGCCUUACAAACCCUAAUUCUCCUUCUCUUCAAAACCCUACCCCUCCCAAAUUCCCCUCAUCCUCUCACCAAUUUCACCACCACUCCGCCGUCUCCUCUGCCUCUACGACCGCCACGCCUAAUCCUACUCCCACCACCUCGACCGCUACAUGUAACUCCUCAACUCUCCUCUCGCUUCUCCCGCCGCUGCCCCGGGCCCAAGCCCUUCUCCUUCAAAUGGCUUCUUUAGCCUCUAAACUCUUUGAAGUCUCACCUAAUCGUUCCCUUUGGAUCACUGCAUUCCGCGGCUCGCUUCCCACGUUUUUGUCUGCUCAAAUUCAGUCUCAGCCUCCGCCUCCUCUUGAGUCUUCUCCCUCUACCACUAAGGAAAUUAUAUCUUGCUUUACUGCCCUUCAGACUCAGCUUUUUGAAGCUGUUGCUGAGCUCCAGGAAAUUCUUGACCUUCAAGAUGCAAAGCAAAAGAUUGCACGUGAGGUUAGGUCUAAGGAUUCAUCUAUUUUUGCUUUUGCUAAUAAGAUUAAGGAGGCAGAGCGCGUUCUUGAUAUCCUUGUUGAUGAUUAUUCGGAUUAUAGACGUCCAAAGAGGGUGAAACUGGAGCAUUGUGAGGACGAAAGUGAUGAUUUGUGUACCACAACUGUUGCGUCUAAGUUGAAUUUGUCGGAUAUUUUGUCAUAUGCUCAUCGGAUUAGCUACACAACUUUUGCACCACCUGAGUUUGCUGCUGGUGGGCCUCUGCGAGGAGCAAUGCCACCUGCUCCUCAAGAGGAGCAAAUGCGGGCAUCUCAGUUGUAUGCUUUUGCUGAUCUUGAUGUGGGGUUGCCGAAAACUGUUGAAACUAGGGAGAAAACGAUUGAGGCCAUCAUUGAGCCUCCCCCUUUGCAGCCAGUGGAUGCAAAUCCACUUGCAAACUUGGCUGGUUUGCUUCCUCCAAAUUUUACAGUGCCAUCAGAUUGGAAACCAGGGAUGCCUGUCGAGUUGCCAAAAGAUUUUCCGCUCAUGCCUCCACCUGGAUGGAAGCCUGGAGAUGCAGUACCAUUGCCUCCAUUGGAUGCAAUUUCUGUGCCUAGAGUUGAUGAACAACCAAUGCGACCGGUUCCUCCUCAGGGAUUAUAUAAACAACCAGAGACAAUCCAAGUUCGACAUGUUGAGCUGGAUAUUUUGGAUCAGGAUGAUGACAGUAGUGAUUAUAGCAGUGAAGAAGGCAGCUCUGAUGAUGAUAGUUGACUGAGUGAUUGUUCUGAAGUUUUGUGAGCUGAAAUGUUUGAGGUAAAGUGUAUUAACAAGUUAUCCUUACUAAGCAAUCUAACUGAAAUAAAAUUUAUGUUUCACUUA